AUGAUGUUUCUUUACAGUGACUCAGAUCCCAUCUUGUGUCAGUCUUUCCCCACUUUUCUAGAUGGUACCGCGUUAUUAUGGUUCUCUAAUUUACCUAAAGGAUGCAUUUCGAACUUUGACGAAUUCGCAAAGCUAUUUACUAACCAUUUUGCAGCUUCCAAAAUUUACGUAAGAGAUUCAGAUUAUCUCAGCACAAUCAAACAGGGACAACAUGAAAGCUUAAAAGAGUACAUGACACGUUUCACAGAGGUAGCCAUGCAGAUCCCUGACCUUAAUCCAGAGGUACAGUUACACGCCAUCAAAAGCGGACUUCAUCCCGGGAAUUUCCAAAAAGCGAUAGUAGUGGCGAAACCAAAAACAUUGGAGGAAUUUCGAGAAAAAGCUACAGGCCAGAUAGAGAUUGAAGAACUCAGAGAAGCUCAGAAGAACGAAAGGCCGACUAAAAGAGAAGAAGAAAGGCCUCACCGAUCCAUAAACAAAGAUCCCAAGAAAUCAUUUAAACUAGCACCAAAGUUCGACUCAUACACGAAAUUCAACACAAAAAAGAAGACAUAA